CUGCUGUCGCUCGUCGUCUUCACCUCCGGCAAACCAAAAUCAAAGCGCACUGGAGUGCAUGUACCAGGCCAGAAUGCCGUCCCUCCUCCGCGACCCUCCUCCCUCGCCGCGCUUCGCCUCCCCCCGCCGCCGAUGCUCCGCCUCCCCCUCCCCACCCCCUUCCCUCAGACCAACCCGCGGCGCUCCCCCUCGCCUCCACCCUCUGCGCCUGCCCCCCGCGGGCCGCCGCGCGCCUCGCUCCACCUCCCGCGUCGUGGAGGCGGGCGACGCCGACGGCCUCAUCCCGAUAGCGCGCUGCUACGAGGGCCGCCUCGCGCGGCUCGAGGUCGCCGGCGCGGCGCGGCGGGAGCAGGCGGUCGCGGCCGCGGCCGCGGCGGAUGGAGGGGCGGCGGCGGAGCAGCACCUCUCCGCCGGCGCCGCCGAGGCCAUGGUCGUCGAGGCGUUACUCCCCGGGCCCGAUGGGGGCGGGACGAGUGCAUCGUCGACUCGAGUGAUUUUGCAAGCCAAGGAAGUUAAAGACAAGGCCAGUAAGAUAAAGAAACAACUUGGAUCUGAGUUUUUCUCUGAAAAUGAACCUGAUUCAGAGACUAUGUUGGCUAUGGCAUUUAAGCAAGUGGUGAUGCAGCGGCUUUCAAACUUUCGGCUCGAGGCCUUCUCCCCAGGUUCAGAGAGAGACCUAGAAGACUUGAGCAAACCACGAAAGGUGUCUAUGGAUUUUAGUGUCAUCUCAUCAGAUGAAAAACUUCUGGCUUCUCUUGCCGAAGCUAUUUUCUCCUGUGCCAUCGAGGAUGCCAGCAACAAUCACAUCGGGGGCACAGGCAGUUUGUUUCAGAAGCGACAGUUCAACUGCUCAAUCGACUCCUCUGUUUGUAUACACAAAAUUUCUGAGGCAGAAAUUGUGAGGAAUGCUAAGAGAUGCCUGGAGAAUUUUAGUCUAACAAAGUCUCCUCAGAAUAUGCAAAACACAAAGAAUGGAUGGUGGCCAGCGCCAAAUCAUGAUAGUUUGGUGAAAAUCGGGGGUCCUGAGUUUGUCCUUUGGGCCAAUGAGUACAUUCCUAUCUACAAACUGCAAAUAAAUGCCAAAGCAUUUGAGAAUACUACUCUUGAAGGCCGUCAUGAGUUACAAAGUAAUAGGUGGGAAGUUCUCUUAACCCACUCGCAACUGGCGGAACUAGGGAACAUUAUAGACAUGUACUUUGAAGACCAAUUCACAUUACCGGGCAAAACUUUCCAUCCUCACUGGAAUUCAGAUCCAUCAAAGAUUAAAAAGAACAAUGGCUAUUUGAACAACCUUUUUACUUUCUUGGCUGGUAGCUGUAUUAUUCUUUUUGUCACUGUCUUUGCUCAAUUAUGCUGGCCUCGAUCUCUUAGGGACAAAAGACUAUUCAACGGAAGUUCAAAUGUCUCAUCAUCUCAGAGCUACUGUUCUGAUAUCAACUCUCUCGAUAGCAGUGAGAUACAAGCUUAUUGCACAUCUCUUAUUAAGAAAAUGAAAGACUCGUAUGGCUGCCCUGGUGAUGUAUUCAUUGAUGCACGUAUUGGAGCAUGGGUUGGAGAACUACCUGACUGCUUCAAGGGAAUCAAUAGCCAGGAUGACACUGCUUCUGGCAAUGUUCAGCAUCCUGACACUUUUAGCCAAGAAAAUCAAUCCCAGUUGGUGCCAACUAAUAUUAAGAUGUCCGAUUUGGAACAAAAUGAUAGAACUCAGGAAACUCUGCAGAAUAUUGCUAGUUUUCAGGUGGUCAUGUCAGAAGAAGGUAAAGUAGUGGGAUUUCAGCCAACUAACCGCCCAGCUGUGAACCAUUGGUCAACAAACCCACUGGCUACACUUCUGUAUCAGGGGCAAACGCUUUCUCCAGGUAUUCUGGAACCAAAGCUUAAAAUUUCUCGUCCAGCUAAGGCUGUCCCCAUUGAAUUGUUGAUGUCCGUAAAUCAAGAUUCCUUUUUUGCUUUGGCAAGGCGCAUUCAAGACCUAUAGUAGCAGAGAAUGAAAGAUUUGGCUGCUCUGGUGAUAUAAUGGUUGAUGCAAAUAUUGGAGCUCGGGUUGGAGAGCUGCCUGACUGCUUCAUGAGCAUCAAUAGCAUGGAUAAUGCUGCUUCUGAUGAUGUUCAAUAUCUGGAUGUAGCUAUCCUAGAAAAUUAACUGCAGUUGGUGCCAUCUAAUUUUCAGAUGGGCUGUUUGGAACGAAAUGAUACAACUCAGGAAACCUGGCAGAACUUUGCAAGUUUUCAGGUGAUUAUAUUAGAAGACAGUAGAGUUGUUGUGAGAUUUCAGCAAAACUAGCUGUCUAACUGUGAACAAUUGGGCAAAAACUCCGCAAGCAACACUUCUUUAUAAGAACUGGAAGCUCUCUCCAGUGGUUCUUUUUUUUUCAGAAAAAAUAAAUGGCACAAAACCCGUCUCGUGGUCGAAUGGAGUGGUUGUUGCCGUUUGCUCCUCCGCCAUGCAUCUCCCGGCUCCUCUGCAAGGCGCUCCAUUGUCAGCUAUGUUGGCUGGCACUCACGCACAAGCGUUGUCCAUUGCCAAAGGUUUGCUUAAAUUUGUGUUCGGGGUUUAGGGCAGCGGUGUCCUUACCGCUUGAGCGAACCAAAGUGAUGUUAUAGAUGCACAAUUGUAUUAGAAGCAUUGAAAAGAAAAAAAUAGUGAGAGCAUCAACAUUGAUGUAAGUUACUGAUGGGUUAUGAUGGAAUUGUUUGUAAAUACAUUCAAUUAUAAAUCCAAUCUUUUCACGUAC